GUCAGAGAUGCCGCUCUUUACACGGACCCGCCAACACACGGGCGAUAACUCAUAUGGGCGCUACAUCCAUCUGGUUUGCGACAGUAACCAGCUCUAUCCGCGCGAAUAUGGCGCAGGUUGCGAAGUCACCAGUCGCUUCUAGGUGGCCUAACUACUUCAAAACCUAGGCUCUGAGUAGAGUCAUACGUUCCGUCGUACUGAGAAAGUCUUCCGGCCAAUAACUCUGUCUACCAAAUCAAUCACCAAAACCGAUCUACCUACUUGCGUGAAGUCAACUCUCAUCACGUAAUACAUCAAGCAUCAAUCAUGGAGGUUACAGAUAAUGAGCUGUUCCAAAGGCUCUCCGCUGCAAUCGCAAAGAUACACUCAGGCCCUCCGCCUGCUGAUGUCCUUCCGUCCACGACUACAUUGAAUGACGCUCGCUCCAAGCUUCAGCCUCACCUCCCCAGCCAAGGUGUCGGGCUCGAAGAGAGCAUACGUCACUUACAAGAGGACCUCGCUCCAGCAUUCAAUGGCUCUUCUCGCUCGCCAAAUUACUACGGCUUUGUGACAGGUGGCACGACACCAGCAGCACUCCUUGCCGACAAUCUGGUCUCAGCAUACGACCAGAACGUACAAGUCCAUCUGCCAAAUGAGACCAUCGCCACCGACGUAGAGGACCGAGCCCUUUCUCUACUCUGUGAAUUGCUCGACUUCGAACCAGAGCAAUGGCCGCAUCGCAUAUUCACUACGGGCGCGACAUCAGCGAACAUCCUAGGUUUGGCAUGCGGACGAGAGUACGUGAUUGCUGAGGCCUCAGCGCACCGUACAGAUGCAGAGAUUAGCGUUGGUGAGCUUGGUAUUGUUGAAGCUAUGCGGAGUGCCGGGAUUGACGAUAUUCAAAUAUUGACUACGGUACCGCACUCAUCGCUAGGAAAAGCGGCGGGCAUACUAGGCCUUGGGCGGACGAGUGUCAAGUGUCUGGGGCAGUCAGAAGCACCACACAAGUUUGACAUGCAGCUGCUCAAGAAAUCACUCGAGCAGCCUGGUGCAGCGUCUAUCGUUGCCGUCUCUGCAUCGGAAGUUAACACGGGAGUCUUCGCAACCUCAGGGCUAGAAGAGAUGGAAGAGAUACGAAAGCUGUGCGAUAUGUAUGGGGCGUGGAUACAUGUCGAUGGCGCAUUUGGGCUCUUCGGCCGCCUGUUGACAUCACCGACUUACUCUUCGAUCGCCCAGGCUUGUGGAGGGCUCAACCUUGCAGACUCAAUCACAGGCGAUGCACACAAGCUGCUCAAUGUACCAUAUGACUGUGGCUUCUUUCUCUCUCGGCACCGUAAUAUCGCUGAACGCGUAUUCCAAAAUCCCAACGCUGCAUACCUGGCUUCUGGGAACGAUGCGAACGCCAUCAUGUCACCACUUAACAUCGGACUCGAGAACUCCCGGCGCUUCAGGGCGUUACCAGUCUACGCCAAUCUUGUUGCGUAUGGUAGAGAGGGUUAUCGUACGAUGUUGGAACGGCAGGUAGAUCUCUCACGAGGAAUCGCAAGAUACAUCCUGGAAAGCGAUGGAUAUGAGCUCCUACCUAAGAGCAGUGCUUGCCAUGAAGAUAUCUUGAAGGGAAUUUAUAUCAUCGUACUGUUUCGUGCAGUAGACGAAGAAUUGAACAAACAGCUGGUCAAUAAAAUCAAGGCCACGAGGAAGAUAUAUGUAUCAGGUACAGCGUGGGAUGGAAAGCCAGCGUGUAGGUUCGCAGUCUCAAAUUGGAUGACAGAUGUUAAGAGGGAUUUGCCCAUCAUCAAGCAAGUGUUGCAAGAUGUAGUAUUGGGGAAAGAGAGUAAAUAGCCGCACUAGCUGACCGUUUGCCGAACCAUCAUAGGGAUAUAAGUUUUUUACAUAUCCUCCAUCUUGUAUACUUCGUAUGCGGGUUCUUCGUAUGGAUGUGCCUUCUUCAGCGCCUCUACAGCUUUGACAGCGGUAUCACGGCCCAUACAUAUAGCCUCG